AUGUUCGUCUUUGAGCGUGAUAUAGUAAAGCAAGUUAAUAAUAGCGGUGGAUUAUACUUGCGUUAUAUUGAUGAUAUAUUUAUUAUUAUUAAUUGGCCUAUGCGUCACUUUAUGAAACAAGUUGAUCGUUGGAAUAAAUUCGAUGAAAAUAUUCGAUUAUUAGCUGAUGUUAGUUUACAUGCGGACUUUCUGGAUUUACAUAUGGAAAAUCAAGAUGGCAAACUAUUUACUACAGUAUAUCACAAGCCAUCCUAUGAACCAUAUUACUUGCCAUUCAAUAAUGAACAUGGAAAACUGCGAAUGGCUUUAUUAUUAAAUAAAUAUCCAGGAGAACUUAUCAAUCAACAAUUUAAUCAUGUCCUACCGAAACUUAAUAUUAAUCGACCAUUAACUAUAAAUAAUUAUAAUACAUUACGUCAAAAAUUAAUAUAUACUCCCAUUCAAGAAAAACAAUUAGUUGAUCAUGGGAAAACAAUAUUUGUUCAUUUUACAUAUUGUUCAAGUAUGAGAACAUUUCCAGCAAAAUUCCAUGCACUUUGGCAAAAAUACUUUCUUGAAUCUCCUAUGAGUGAAAUUAUACCUGUUCUCGGUACACGUAAUGUUGAUAAUUUACAACGACGUCUAGUAGAUACUCGUCAAUUAUAA